AUCGCAUAGCCAGAUGCUCGCCGACUUCCAGGAGGCGUUCGGUCGAGUCCAAGAAAUCUGGCCAGUUCUAGAUUGAGGCAAUAUUCUGCAUUUAACUGAUUCAGCCAUCGGAACCGAAAUAGCAAGUGUUCAGAGGAGUUUUAAACAGGAUUGGUUAAAUCAAGGUGACCCUACACUUGGUCACACGCGAACCGGAGGGAAUCGGAUAUUAGGCUACUCAUCAACUGCGCCCCCAAAUGCGCCAGCUCCCUCCCAGCACAGUGCCUAGCGUUAAAAACGUAAAUAAAAACGUGGAAGAAUGCUGAAGAAAGCUGGAUCAGCUCCUGAAGGUAGUCGAACUUCUCGUCUAUGAAGAGUUGACGGAUCUGAGGACCCACAAAAAUUCCCUCUUCAAUUUUUCUUCACUGAUCCGAGGGAAUUUCUCAGACAGGUAUUUAAACGCUGAUCCAUUCUGAUCCAUGACUUUUACCAAGUUCUUCAUCAAACCGAAUUUGAUGUGUAGGGGUGGUAGAAGUAUUUUGUCCGGUUCUGCCAGCGCUGAAUGCUGCACAUUCUUCUCUCCAAUCUUCAGAGACUUCCUCAGGGGCCAGUCUUUCUUCACAUAGUGCAAAGAACAUGCUCUGCUGUCCCAUUCACAUAGGAAACAGCAGUACUUUGUAUAUCCCAGCUGCAGACCCAUCAACAGAGCGACUACCUUAAGGUCAGAACAGAUAUGCCAGCCAUACUUGCUGUAUUCAAGAUAAUCCAGCAGCUGCUUCAUGUUGUCAUAUGUCUCUUUCAUAUCCGCAGCAUGUCCAACUGGAAUAGAUGGAAGACGAUUUCCAUAAUGCAGCAAUAAUGCCUUGAGAGUCUAUAAACAAUCGCCAUUCUUGUGGAUCAUGUUGGAUUCCAAGGGCAUUCAACAAGGCGUUGACGUCAGAGCAGAACACAAGCUUAUCUAGCUUUCUGAAGAAAGGCUGUAACUGCAGAUGCCGCUUUCGAUACAGUGUCACUUGUACAUUUUCCUGAAGAAGAUUCCAUCGCUGAACCCUUGAGCCUAGUAAUUCUGCUUUGCCCUUGGACAGCUCCAGAUCAUGAACGAGAUCGUUCAGUUCUUCCUGCAUUAUUCUGUGUGACGCAGAUGAUGCACCUUUACUGAAGUCAGGAUCCGUUUCCUGUUGAUCAUCCGACGUCGAAGGCCCAGGAAAUUCCAGAGUCAUUUUGUCUCCAUCGUCAUCUUCUGAAGGAUCAUUAGAAAUAUUCUAUCGGAGGUUCGGGAACAGGAAGUCCUUCGCCAUGCAGAACAGGUCGGAUAGCAGAAGGGCCUCAUAAAUAAUGACACCAUGGGAUUACAUGUUGCUGUGUCAGUGAGGAGGCAGGUAUGAGAACAGCCUGUCUUAUGGAUUAUACUGAUGGGAGAGAGUAGGUGGACACUCUGAUUACACAAGGACACUUCACAAGUGGUAAAAGUUCAGGCUGAAGAUUGGGCUUCCACCAUACUUGCAUCCUUCAUUUAAAUUUUAAAAAAUAUAUAUUUUUGCUUUUGUUUUUCUUGUUUAUUUUUACAUCUGUGAAAAAGGAACAUUUACUAAACAAUAUUUAUGCAAGAGGGCAACAUUUUCUGUAAAUGCCCCACCCCAUAUUUCUUGCAGUACUACUGAGUGUCAGACUGGGAGGAAGUGACUGAAUAGCUGCCAGUGCUGUACGACACUGUAAUAUCCUGCAUUGCUAGAACUGUUUUGAAAUGAUCUGGAACUUACAAACAUGAGUGAAGAGUUCUAAUAAGACUGAAAGAGAACAUGGACACUGUUAGUGAAAUUAUGAUGACGUGCAAAAACAUGAUAAAUCUCGUCACUUGCAUUCUUUGGGCUAGCAAGCUGAGAAAAGAAGGCAAAAAGCACAGGAUGUACCUACAGUUGCUUUGAUAUUAAAAUCAAUCAUACCAUUCCCAGAAAGUGCUAUGGAUAAACCCAUUGCGAUCCCGAUGCUGACUGUGUUCCCUCCGUCGUCUGACACCGAAUCGUGGUCCUGUUCGUCCAGCCCACAACCUCGGCGCCGCCACCCUCGCAACCGCAGCCGCAACAAGCACAGAACCCAUGCACAGUGGGAGGAUCCGCCAGAACCCGGAACUCAUGAAAAGAACCCGUCUAAAAAUGACCGGGGCGGAGCCAAAGAACACAGGAGCAGUGGGCAGAGCCUGACGCCUGGAACCCUGUUGCCUAGCAUAAGGGGGGAGGUGCUUGGCGAGGUGGGGGUGGAGAGGCUGGGUGGCUUCUCUUCUCUGCCGCUGCCCCCAUCUCGCUCCUGCUCCCAGAGCUCGUCCCUGAGCAGGCGUUCUCGUUGGUCCAUCCGCAGCCUGCUCAGCAAGGACUCAGACGGGGACAGCUGCAGUACGGCCAGUAACUCUCCACGAAGCACUCCAGGCAGUUCCCCGUCUCUACGACGACGGGUGCUGGGGGGCCGGGUCAGUGAGGGUGAGGGGUCUGCCGAGCGUAGUGGUGGGGGUGGGUCCGAAAGUCCCUUGCUUCCUACACCCUCUUCAUCCACCUCAUCAUAUCCUAUCGCCUCCCGCCACUUCACCCGCAAUGCCAAGAAGAUGCAGAGCUGGUACAAUGUGCUCAGUCCUACAUAUAAACAGAAGAAUGAGGACUUCCGCAAACUGUUCAAGAAUCUUCCAGAUACUGAACGUCUGAUAGUGGACUACUCAUGUGCUCUUCAGAAGGACAUUUUGCUACAGGGCCGUCUGUAUUUGUCUGAGAACUGGAUUUGCUUCUAUAGCAACAUCUUCCGCUGGGAGACCACUAUCACCAUCCCGCUGAGGGAGGUGACCAAUCUGACGAAAGAGAAAACAGCCAAACUUAUCCCAAACGCCAUCCAGAUAAGCACGGAUCAGGAUAAGCACUUUUUCACAUCGUUUGGAGCAAGGGAUCGCAGUUACAUGAUGAUCUUUAGACUGUGGCAGAACGCUCUGAUGGACAAGACGCUGUCUCCUAAAGAGCUGUGGCACAUCGUGCAUCAGUGUUACGGUACAGAGCUGGGUCUGACCAGUGAGGAUGAUGACUACGUUUCCCCCACUGCCGAACAAAUGAAUGGCCUGCUACCUAGUGAGGAGCCAGCCUCCGUCACUGACCUGCUGGAUCAGGCUUCAGUGCUGGCGACUCCUGGUUCUUUACCACCCUCCUCUUCCUCACCCUCCCAGCCUGUGGAGGUUCCGGGAACCCGACCAGCUGCUGAGCCGGAGCUGAGUCCGUCCAUUUCACCGCCCAGCUCACAGAGUUCCCCGCCCAACACCGCCACACACUCCACACACUCCACACACACCGGCGUGGCUGCUUCUGUGAACUUGGAGGAGGGUGGGCAGGACAGCCAGCCAGAACCGACCAAUCAGACAGCAGUGGCUAGUUCCCCUGGCCUGGGUAACCUGUCAUCACUGGACAUGACCAAUGAUGAGGAGCUUCCUACAGACCCCAGCAACUCCUCAGACACCCAGGAAGAGAGUGAGGUGGAGUCAUUCUGCGCAGAUCUCCGAGGCCGGUUGCACAUCAACACAGUGCUGCGCAUUGGUGUGGACAAACUGCACGAGCUGCUCUUCUCUGACACCCACUUCCUCCAGCACCUCUUUGCCCAGCGCCAUUUUACCGAUCUCUCGGUGCAGGACUGGCAGCAGGACAGCAGCAGUGGGAACAGCACCAGAGUUCUGAGUUACACGAUUGCCAUCAACAACCCUCUAGGCCCCAAAACAGCCCCUGUGGUGGAGACACAGACUCUGUAUAAGAGCAGUUCUCGGGGCGAGUGCUAUGUGGUGGACUCGGAGGUGAUCACAUCGGGCAUCCCGUACCAGGACUACUUCUACACCAUACACAGAUACUGCCUCACAGCCAUCAGUAAACAGAAAAGCCGCCUCAGGGUUUCGUCUGAUAUCUGCUACAGGAAGCAGCCGUGGAGCCUGGUGAAAGCUCUAAUAGAGAAGAACACGUGGAGUGGCAUAGAGGAAUACUACAGACACAUGGAGGUGGAGGUGUGUAAGCUCGAGACACUGCUGCAGUCUGAGGUGUCUGUGGUUGGAGUGGGUGAAGCCGCCAUUGCAGACACAUCUAAGCUAGCCGCUGGCCUACGCAGACGCAAGCGAAACACGCGGCGCUCUUCCGAAAGAGAGGGGCCAGGGGGUGGAGCUGGAGAACGCGCUGAUCGCGGACUUGCUGAGGAGAGAGAGCACAGAGAUGCAGGGGCACAGUACCUAAAGUUUGGAGACAGGUGGCGCGGAGCAGCCAGCAAUAACAACAUAUCCACCAUACUGCUCAUCGUUAGCUUCAUUCUGGUGGUUUUGGUAGCGUUGAACAUGAUGCUGUUCUACAAGCUGUGGGCUCUGGAGCGGGCUGCUCACACACUGGAGACCUGGCACUCCUACUCGCUUUCUGACAGCCCUCUCCCUCAGUCUGCGGCUGAGUGGGCACAGGUUCUCCAGCUGCAGCGGCAGUUCCACCAAGCCCAGCUGGGCAAGUGGCAGCAGAUCCUACAGUCCUCUGUUACUCUGCUCGACCAGAUGAAGCAGUCCCUGGAGAAGCUGCACAGUGGCAUAAUCCAUCCGGAAGGGCUGCACGAGGCUGCAGCUGAGCCCCCGUACGCGGCCGCCUCCGAGACCUGCAUGGAGCAGUGACAGUGUGCUCUCCACACACACACACACACACACACACACACACAGACAGAAAAACAAACUCCUCAGUCAGACUCUCUGUGGAUGUGAUGACAUGCUAGACAGUGACAUUUUCCUUCCUGCCAGGAGAGCUUCUGAUUUGUGUCAGAGGGGCGGUCGCUACGUGGUUUAAUCGCUGGGUAAAGUUAGCCGAGCGUCCUUUCUACUGUGUCUGAAUGGCAAUGGUGGCACUGUCUGAAAAUCACUUCGGCACUAAAGCAAUAACUGGAGUGUAUGGCAACCAAGGUGUAGUCUGGAUGAGUGCUCCCUCCACUCCUAUUCCGCACCUCCACCUGAGCUUGACCUUGAAAUUAUUCUGUCCAGGCACUUUCUCUCCACAAUGGGGAAGGGGUCUCGACAAAGGCUUCUUACAGAUGACAUUUUAAAAUGGAUGAGUGCAUUUGCACGGGGCGCCCCAGCACAUCUCAGUCCCUGAAACCGCACGUCUGCCUUGUGACUGAACUUUCAACACAUUUUCUCUCUGGAUGGGACCUGGAGACGUGACAUUCCGGCAAGAAGAAGCGAGAUGUCUGGAUUCCUACUUCCAUUUCUGCCCCUUUCCCUGAUCCAGGAGAAGCAAUCUGCCCACCCUUAACUUCUCUGGGCCCUUGUAUGUGCACACAUUAGUUCAAUGUUUUCGGUUUUAGAUGGAAGGGGCAGGUUCUCCUUUUCAGAGAUUAUUCCCAAAUUUUGUUUUUGUGUCUCUAUUUUAGGAGCUGAGUGGCCGAAACAUAAUCAAAACAGCUUCAUAAAGGGCGUGUUUGACCAUUACAGUAUUUAUUUCAGUAAACUUAAAUGAGAAGUCUCGUCCUGUGUUGAUGAUUCUUUUUGAGUAUUAUGUUAUGUUUUAGUCUCAAACAUGGACCAAUUAAGAUCCAAGGGAUGUGAACAUGACUACCAGCUUUAGCAAUAAAUAUGUGGGAGAAGAAUGCAGUGACUGUUACAAUGACAUUAAGAAACAGGUGGAUAAAAAUGCAAAACUGCCCAUUCUAAGUACAUUCAUGUCUUUAAAUACACUGUUACACUUUCUACCACUGUUCACCCCUACCCCUUGCUCUGAAUGUAAUUUAUUUUGUUACAUGGACCCUGCAUAUGCGUAGAUCAGAGUGUACAAGUAGAAUUGGUCUGUCCUGUAUUGAGUCAUUAUCUUCAUGUAUUAUAUUGGAACCAGACUUGAACCAUUCAGGCUUACUGUACACUUGGCAAGUUGAAAAUUAGACGCUGAGUCGUAUAUUUACUUGGGCUCUUCGGGUUGGACUGAGGGAGCAAGCCAAGCUCAAAGCCCGGAUUAAACCAAGCAUUUUACACUGUACUGCUGGGUUGCUUGCUUCCAUCUGCCUCCAACAUUUGAUUGAACUUGUUUUGUAUGUUUUUAUCCAUUGUUGUUUAUUUAUUUGUUUUUUUGCUGAUGUCUGUUACUGCUGUUGCCUCUCCAGCCUGCUCUCCUACAUUGUCUCUCAUAUUUCUUUCUUUUCCUCCUUUCUGUUUUUUGUCCUUGGAGUUCAGGCUGUGGUCCAGCUCCUCAUGUCUGCUGAUCUGCUGUUCUAUUUAUUUGGGUUGUGGGGAGGGCUGAUUUUACUGUGAAGGUCUGAUUGUAAAAGUGACAUCACAAAAAAAAAGAAUUGAGGGAAUUUAAGUGUGGGUUAUUUCUGCAUAUGCAUAAUGUGUGAGUGUGUGUGUAUGAGAGUAUUUUUUUUUUUGGGGGGGGGGGGGGGGGGGGUAGGGGAGAGAGUUGGGUUUGUGUGUUCUUUCAAAAGUAACAAAAACUAGUGUAUAAUGUCCUCACUUGCUUUUAUGCAUUUGAUGAUUUCCAGUCUGGGGAACCCAGGCAAUAUCAAACAUCCAUCUGGGUGACAGUAAAACAGCUUGAAACAAUUCUUCUGAUUAUUGUUAUAAAUGAAUGUAGCUCAAUUACGAUCACCACAUUUUUUACACCUAAUUAUGUACCAAGCUGUAUCAGUGGAUAAAGUGCAUAAGAAUAUUUAUUUAUUUCAUCUGUUUUGAAAACAAAUUAACAUAACUAUCAGUUAGAUCCCAAGAAAUAAACAUAACAUGCAAUCA